UGCUUUUGACGAGGCAAUUCGUAAGUUCACAUUUGUGCAACGUGUUGGUGAUUUUCGUUGUUUACAUUAAAAUAAAAUUAAUAAAAAAUUAAAGUUUGGUCUACGAAGUUUGAUCUACGAAGCAUGUGUGAUAAAAAUGUACUCUAUCUCCGCGGGAGCAUCUAUAACUGCUGAUGAAUCAACGAUCACGACGAAUUCACCGAUAACUGCUGGGCCUUCAUCGCGUGUUGAUGGAUUAACGACGGCUGGACCUCCGAUCAAUGUUGAUCCAUCAACGUUUGCAGGAGAAUUAGCAAUGGCCACACGAUCACGGCAAAGAAACGAGAGUACAAAUAAAAUAAGUGACAGUGAUAAUAUGCAUAACACAGCGGAUUCCAGGUUAUGUGAUGCGGGAAAAGACAGUACAGCCCGUGUUUCAAGAGGAGGGAAAACAGCACAAUAUUAUCGUAAAUACCGAGCUCGAAAGAAAGCAGAGCGGGAAAAGGAGAAAUUGGAAAUAAUAGCUGACAGUCAAUCGAGUCAAUCAACAGCUGUGGAAUAUCCGAGAGAGUACCGAACGCGUAAAAAAGAUUCAACUUUAGCGGAAAAAGACAGUGCAUCCCGUGUUUCAAGAGGAGGGAAAACAGCACAAUAUUAUCGUAAAUACCGAGCUCGAAAGAAAGCAGAGUGGGAAAAGGAGAAAUUGGAAAUGAUAGCUGACAGUCAAUCGAGUCAAUCAACAGCUGAGGAAUAUCUGAGAGAGUACCGAGCGCAUAAAAAAGAUUCAACGUCAGCGGAAAAAGACAGUGCAUCCCGAGUUUCAAGAGCACAAUAUUAUCGUAAAUACCGAGCACGAAAGAAAGCAGAGCGUGAAUAUCAGAGAGAGUACCGAGCGCGUAAAAAAGAUUCAACGUCUGCGAAAAAAGACAGUGCAUCCUGUGUUUCAAGAGGAGGGAAAACAGCACAAUAUUAUCGUAAAUACCGAGCACAAAAGAAAGCAGAGCGUGAAUAUCUGAGAGAGUACCGAGCGCGUAAAAAAAAUGCAACGUCUGCUGUUCCAUCAAUCUCUGCGGAAGCAACUAUAACUACUGAUGAAUCAACGAUCGUCAAUUCACCGAUAACUGCUGGGCCUUCAACGCCUGUUGAUGGAUUAAUGACCGCUGGACCUCCGAUCACAGUUGAUCCAUCAAUGAUUGGUGGACCUUCGACGUGCAUUGAUCCAUCAACGAUUGCUGGACCUUCUACGUGUGUUGAUCCAUCAACGUUUGCAGGACCCGCUACAAGUAGUGGUAUACAUUUCAGGAAUAUACCACGAAGGAAAUCAACAGCAGAAUAUAAGCAAGAGUAUAGAGCACAGAAAAAAGCUCAGCGAGAAUUAAAAAGGGCCGCACCAUCACGGCAAAGAAACGAGAGUAUAACCGAGGAUACAGAGCAAAACACCAAUAGUACCGGCAACGAAAACGCCGUGAGUCCGACACCUUCCGAAACUGAAGCUAUAACCGAUCCUAUCGAAGUCUACAACAUGUUCAUAGUUGAAGAUGAGGAGUCCAAAGAUUCCGUCAAGCAAAAUGCGUGGUUCCACAAACGCCUUAUAAGGCACGUACGACGUCAACGAAUACUUUACGAUCCAAAGCAUAAACAAUUUUGUUGUGCCGAAGCAAAAAACGAAGUUUGGGAGAAAAUUGCAAAACGAAUGGGUUGUGAUGCUGAUAUCUGCAAGAAUGCCUGGGUGAAUUUACGUUAUGCUUAUCAGAAAUAUGUGCGUCGGUUGCGUAAAUUCUUUGCGAACAAAGCGAAUAUGAAGCGCCGACGUCGUCCAAUUAUGGCAUUCGAAACGGAAUUAGUUUUUCUCUGGCGUUUCAUAGCCGACAAAGUACGCUGUCCACUGCCUUUUAGCGAGGAGAUGGAGGCGAAGGAAGCAACGCCUGUUGCAAAACCUGCAACCGAAGAUGAUGACAUAGUUUUGUUGGAGGACGAUGUGGAGGUGAUCGACUUGGACGAUGAUACACCGAACAUAACCAAGGUCUUUUCCAAGCACCAGAAGGUGUAUUUCCAAAUCACGCCGGAAAUGCGACGCUUGAUCUACAAUUUACAAUGUUACCAAGAGAUAUACGACAGCUUACAUCGAUAUCAUGAUGAUUACCGGCGCAAGGGCAUCAUUUGGAAUGCCGUCGCGAAUGAAGUGGGUGAUAAAGCCACCAAAUUAAUGAAAUGUUGGAUACAAAUACAAACACGCUACGAAUGGGAGCUUAUGCAACGUCGUUUGCAAGAGGAGCUCUUAGCUACGAAGCCACAAACCGAACUGGAGAGUAUGCUGCAUUUCAUGAAGCCACACAUACUUAAAAUGCCAAGAACGGUUUAUAAGAGUUCUUACUUCCUCAAAAAAGACUGGCAUGAGCCGAUCGAUCACUUUAAGAAUAUCUUCAGCUUGCUGGUUGCCAUGAAGAAACAUCCCACUGUGAUUGCGUACACCGAAAUUAUGGUCAACAAAACCGAAGAAGUCGAUACCGCUAAGUAUACACAACUCUGGAAUGAUGUGGCAAAGGCUAAAGGCGGUGCUGUCACUCCUGGGCAGUGCGAGACCACUUGGCUCAUCUUACGCUUGUUCUAUUGGGAACUAAUGAGCAUGCGCAAACACAGUUAUCAACUGCAAGACAAAUGGUAUUUCGAAACUAUUAUAACGGAACUGUAUGCCUUGUCUAAGGUGCAGAAAUUCGCACGCGCCAAAAAGUCUAAUCUUGGCGCGCUCAUGUUGUCCUCCAUAUGCGCUGAUGACCUAAAAAAACCUUCAACAGACAACGCAAAUAAAAGUAAGCAAACCGAAGUAAAAACAAUACACAACAACACAACGCCGCCACCGAAUGCACCGCUAACGCCUAACACCAUCGUGCCGAUAUCGGUGAAUUUGGAUGAAGACAAAAUCAGUUCUUCCAUAAUCGAAACUAAGAGUCAAGCGCCUAAAAAUGCAAUAAAACACAAAAAGCCGUUAGAUAUCGCCAUCGCCUCAUCCUCAGCAACCAGUUCUACGACUGUCUCAAAUAACGGUUUGGUGGUGACUGUCACAAAAGUGCCGGCGAAGAUGCAUGCCACGCCCGUUAUACAACAGGAUGCGCAAACGACUUAUCCACAAGCGCGUUCGCCGCAAAUACGCGUGAAAUCGCAGGCGCAACUGCAAGCCGAACCCGUAAAGAUGUUAGUACAAACGCGUCCGCAGAUACAAAUACACGCGCAACCCGCCACGCCUGCGCCGAAUCAACCCAUACAAAUACGCUUGCAAACGCCAGCGGCGUUGCAAAAUCCAAUUCAAACCAUAACGCUGCCGCGCGUCCAACAAACACAACAACAACAAUUCCAAAUGCUGCCGCUUACGCCAAUACAGGCACAGUCGAAGUUACCCACGAAGCAGAAUCAGUCUAACCUGCAGGCGUCAACACAAUUCCUAACCACCAAUAUGGCUCAGCUGCUGCCGCCAACAACAAAUGAAAUUGCACUAAACGAAAGUACAACAAUAACUUUGGAUACAAUAAAAACGCCGAAGAUCGUAUCGGCUGUGAGUUUGGCACCGCGCGCCGCCUUCGCAGCGCCCUUCAUCAAUAAAGGUUUGCAAAUAACGGCAGUUGCCGGUGCAUCACCGCCCGCGCCGCAGCACACCACACCUCCCCAAUUACCAACCACGGUUGUUGUGACGCCCACGUCGGGUACUUUUAAUCUGCCCUUUUCACUGCCGGAUAAUACAAAUAUCUCCAAGUGUCCGCCAUUGAGUUGUGUGGACACCAAUACGCUCACCGAUACGAUCAUAACGCUGCCGAAUCCGGUGCUGCCGGUGUCCACGCUGCAGCAAGCGAAUGUGUCGCUGCCCAUCAUGGAGGUGCAAUCGCUCGAGUCGAAAAUACCCGCUACCGUGUUGGCGCGUCCACAUUUGACGCCCACCUCACAGCUGAACGCCAACGAAAUCAUGAUCGAGCUGAUCAGUUCGGUGAACGGCAAUCAGUUGGUGGUGCACGGGCCGCCGCUGGAGCAGAAGUACUCACUGCCAAUGAGCACGACGGCGUUGCUGAUACGCGAGGUGCUCUCCAUACCAUAUUUACAUAAGAAGGACUACAAUAAACCGCAACAGGUCAACAGUUGUUGGCAGUAUUUGGCUAAGCGCUUCAAUUUGCCGGUGCAUAUCUGCAAGGCUUGUUGGAACUUCUUGUCGGAAAAUUUUGCACAUUUCCCACAAAUUGCGCCCAUGGAGGAGCUGACGAAACCAGUGAAAAUUGGCAUGAAUGUGUGGCGCGAAAAUUACGCAUUCUUUCAAACAUUCAAUGAGAAAGCAGCUCAACUACGCUUGCCAUUUGCAAAAGAUGCUGUAGAGAUGUUCUUCGAUAAUAUUCGAGAUCAGACCAAGCACAUACCACGUGUAGCCGGCAAGAAAUUGACCUUUGUCGCCGAUUGGCAAGCAGCCAUAAAUAGUAAUCCACAUGUACCAAACAAAGUCUGGUUCGGCACCUGGACACUAUUUAAAAGCGCCUUCAUGAAAUACAUGCGUGACUUGGAGAUCGGCAUCGACAACAAAUGGUCGUUGGAAUGGUGGCGCGUAUUGGCCAAAAUGGAUUUCUUAAUCGAAGAGCAAUAUCACAAUAUGGAGCCGUUCUACUAUAUUGUGCGCAACAAAAUGAUUGACGAAUGCGAACGUUGCAUUAAAGAAGAGCAGAAGUUUAAUAUCGAUGUGAAAACGAAGAGAUUCCUGCCGAAAAAGGAAACAGCGCAUCCGAUGUUGCAGAAAAUACCCGACAUUGACGCUUACCGUGUCAUCAUGACCGUGCGUCGCUAUCCGCAGAUUUAUCAAAAGGCCACCGAGGGCGAGAAGGCCAAAGCGUGGGAGAAAGUCGCCUUCGAAAUGCGCACAACUGUGACGGCAUGCCGUUUUGCCUUCCAAUGCGCCCUGAAAAACUAUCGGCUCUAUGCGACACGUGAUCCAGCUAAUCGUUGUCGUCUCAAUCAUCGCUAUUACAAACAUUUGGCGGAAAUUUAUCGCGCCAUCAAGCCGACGCGCAAAAUCAAUAUUAAAACACCUUCCGAACUGAAUCAGUCGGUUAGUGAGAAUCCCGACGCCAAUGAGUCGGUGUUCCCCGAACGUUUCAUUAUGGACAUCAACAUGAGCAACAGUCACUCGAAUGUGGUGAUGAAGAAUUGGGCCUAUGGUGUGGGCGCAUCUGUGCCGGCGGAGAAAUUGACGGCGCUUUUCGAAAAAUAUCGUCCAGCUUCGGCGACAAGUGAAACAUUUACUACAAAUGGCACUGAAACUUGAUAUUUGAUAUUUGAGCGACACUGUAAGCCGGCGCUCACAAGUUUAACCACCAAGAGAAAUAAUGUCAAAUAACAUUCAGAUGUUUAUCAUCAAAACGCCUACAUUAAACACCUACGAAAAAAAGGUGCAUGGAGUCCCUACGCGCGGAAGAAGUUAUACUUCUUAGUGAUAUUCCAAGAAAUGCAUAUCAUUUUGUAUGAAAGAAAACUAGCGAGAGGGAAUGGAUAAAAAUAUGGUGGAAUGACCGACACUUUCUUAAAUUCACAUUUUAUAAAUUUAUUAUGCACAUUUUAUAAAGCAAAGUCCAAAUCAAUUAUCAUUUCUGGGUUCUGACGGAUUGAUAUCUAUAAUAUUUACAAUUGGAUUAUGAUAACUAAAAUACGAUAUGAAAUGUCUUACAUCUAUUUUAUCAAUAUUUCUCGCGAAUACCGUAUCAAUAGUCGUACCUCCUUUUGUCGUAGGAUCAUUUCUUCCAUUGAUCAUUUCUAAUGAAAAUUUCUCUCUGAGGAAUGCCAGUAAUGGUUCAGCUUUUGGCAAUGAGAAAUUUACAUUGAAAUCUCCCGCAAAAGUCACACAAAAUAGUUGAGAAUUCGUAGAAAUGAAACAGAAACGAAAGAAAAAUAUGCGUACACAUGUGAAUAUGACACCAACCAAAAAUUUAAACAUUGUUCUACAAAAACAAGAAUUGCUCAAAUAGCAUAAGCAUGGCAAGUGCUUUAAGUUCUCUGCUUUACUCUCAUUCACUAUCUUUCUCUCGCGUUAAUUGUUCAACGCUAUUCCCUCUCCACUGAAGCGUUAAACAAUUAUCGCAACCUUUUCCGAAGUCGUAUAAAACUAUUUUUUGAAGUGAAAGUGAAGAGUGGGCACUUUUUUGGGUGAGCAUUUUCAGCCGUUCUCGCGACAGAUGAGAUUUUACACAAAUAUACUCCGCGUGUAUUCUUAUAAUAUAUGUAUACUAUACGCGCUCUUUGCGUGGGCAUUCGUUCGUGCUCUCGCGACAGACGAGAUUACAUACCUAUUAUGUAUACUCAGAGUGUAUAGGUAUGUUAGAGCGCUGCAUGCUAUACGCGCUCUUUGGGUAGGCAUUCGUUCGUGCU